AUGCCAUCUACUGUUGCUCCUACUCCUACUCCUUCUCCUUCUCCUCCUCUUGUUGUUAUUGAUAAGGGAUGUACUACUAGCUUCUAUAUAUGGUGGAGCAAGACUUGGAUUGUAUCAUCGUCAUCACAUGAACAUAAGAAGGAGUAUAGUACCUUAUACAUAAAUCUAUGGCGAGGAACAUCUAUGUCUGUUAUUCGUGCAGCAUUGUUGACUGCAUCACAGAUCAUAUCAUAUACUACACUUAAAACAUAUAUAACUAAUAAGAGGGAUUCUAUACAUAUGCCAUAUAUCAACGAUCCAACUGCAACAAUUCCUCAUGAUCGUCGUAGAAUCAGCAUCGAAGUUAUAAUAGUCUUCUUGGAGUACCUUAUUCGCAACUCAUCAUCACAUCACUAUACGUAUAAGUAG